GAAAGAGUAAAAUCGACGUAAUUUCACUCUGCUGCGCGUUACACUCAUUGAAAACUGGCGCUCUCUUGAGCAAGGAACUCACCUUUGCUGCUUGGUUCGUGCGCUCUGCGUAUGUCGUGAGAGUUAUAUUAAAUUUAUUUUUAACUUUCGGUUAUAUUUUAUUUGUUUCUUACUUAAUAUUUUAUUGCUUGCAAUUUGCCUUUAGAAUGAAAUUGAAAUCAGUAAUGAAAAUGAAAGCAAAUUGAAGUGAAAUUCAAAAACACAUAAAAAACACGAACACGCUCGUGAUCAAAUUCACAUGUUGGAUUGUAGAGGAUAAAGAAGGCGCACUGCAUUCUUUUAAUUUGACUACGAAAUACUAUAAAAAAAGCGGUUUCAACGUGCGACACGAUUGUAGCAGAAUUUCAUACAACAAAAACGUAAUCGAAAUCGAAUGACUAGCACACAUACAUAUGUGCAUACAAUAGAUAUAUUUCUAUGUAUAUUAUUUCAGUAAUUUUAUUGCUUUCUAUGUUUCAAGUUAACAAAUUUCGCACAAAUUAGCCAAUAGCUUUUAUAGCCGUAAUAAAAACUCAUUUCAUAUCGUUUUCAAAUAAAAUUAUUAUAUUAUAAACUUUGUCAAUUGUCUGACUGAACAUCCUUCUUAUCUAGUAUCAUAUUGCAAAUUUGCAUACCCAACAUUUAGUUUUGUUUUGCUGUUAAAAACAACAACAACGCCGCAUUUAUGCAUGAGUUCAAUAAUAUAAAACAAUAGUGCUUCGAAGAGCAACAACUUUGCGCGUUAAUUAAAACAAUUUCUCAAGUGUGCACAUUGCAGGCAAGAAAGCAUUUGAGCUGAAAGAAAAUUGGUGUAUUUGUUGUUUUCGUAAUUUAUACAUAAAUUUAUGCAUGCGCAUAUAUUUGUUUGCAGUGGCUGUUGGCAUUUGUUUAAUUUUCUCGUAAUUAUGCCAAAAGUCAACUACUCGCUUGUGGUCACUGUGAAAGUUCUAAAUUUGUAAAAUAUGUACAUAUGUAUUUUUAUACAUUUGGAAAAUAAAAAGCCAAAAAAACAACAAAUACUUGAAUUACACGAAUAUGCUACUGCAUAAUGUUAUAUAUUUUCAAAUACGGCACAUAUGUUUGUAUUUUCCAAUAUAUUUCACAGUUUUAAGUUUUUGAAUUGUGUCAUGCUUUUUCCAUUAUUUUCUGUGUCACAUGCGCCACUUGUUUCUUUUUUUCAUUUAUUUGCUUCGCAUCUAUUUGUAUCGCUUGAUCACAUUUCAAAUAUUCGCAGCGUGUUCAUAGCUCUACAAGUAGCUAAAAUAUUUCGUUUAAACUUUUCUUGCGCUUUUUCUCUCAGUGUAUGCAGAACAACUGUCCAUGUGCUGAUGAUGAAGCUUGGCGCAUUCUGUAAGAACUUUGUUCUGCUUGCAACUCACUUGAAUUUAUAAACACCUGGACGCAUGUACAUUGCUGCACACAAUCGAACUUAUUUUCGUUGAUUCAAGUUUAGUAAAUACCGUAAUGAUUAGCUGAAAUGGCAAAACAGAUUGCUUCACCGUGUUCUGUGAGAUAUUUGUCAGACCUUUGGCACUUUCAUUGACAAUUGUUUCUUUGUUUAUUUAUUUUAACUUGCACAAAGUGUUGCACGUUUUCCGCGUACUUUGACGUAUUUAAAUAUGUGUGUAAACUAUAUAAAUUUAAAAAUUUUAAUUUUAAUACACCGGUCACGGUUAGUUUAUGGUAUUUCCGCUUACUUAUUUUGGACAUCCGUAUUGUAGUACCGUUCAUUCCCGCUAUCCGUUCACAUCUGAUUGACUGAGCGGCGUGCAGUGCGUGAUAUGGUGGCCAACGAAUUGAGCGGUGUGGUGAAAAUACUUCGAAUGGCCAAGAAAGUGGAUGAUUCUUUGGAAAUUCUUUUACUGCUUUUUAUUUUAUUACAUACUUAAAUAAUAAAUGAUUAUCAAGAAAUCUUAGCUUUAUAUAGAAACCGGAAGUGAAAAGUACGAAAUUCUGUUAAUAAAAAACUACCUUUUGAGAAUAUUUGUAAUAAGUGAAUGUCAUUGAAGCUAUAAUAAAGAUUUGUAUAAAAAUACGUGAAAAAUUAGUUUUUUUGUGUCACAUUUGAGCAGAUGAUACAUUUUGUUAUAAAACAAAUUUUAAAAAUAAAAAUAAAAUUAAAAUAAAAUACAAGUUGAAUCAGCUUACUUAUUCACCACUUAGCACGGUUAGGAACCGAAGUUGGUGGUUAAGGCAGAGAACGUAUAUUGUAUAUUAUAUGAUUUACGUUAUCUGGUAAAGAAACCAAAACAAAAUUGUAAUAAAGCGAAUCACCCGACCACAAUAAACAGCGAAAACAGCUGUUUUUGGCAAACGUAGAAAAAUCAGGAUGAGCUGCCCAAACAGCUGAUAAAUUUUUAUAUAGUGCAUUUAACCAGAGAACGUAUAACAUACGUUCUCUGAUUUAACUUCGAAUAAAAUGACAAAAUUACCGCAAACUGCAUUAAACUUGAAACAGUUCAUGCUUCGUCAGGAGGUGCUUAAACUAUAUCGUGAAAUAUUUCGCACCAUAAGACUGGUGCCCGACAAGAGCAACCAGCGAGAAUUACGUGACUGGGCGCGUCACGAUUUUCGUACGCAUAGCGGACAAACAGAUGAAUUGGCUAUUAAAAUGAUGCUGCAAUACGGACGUAGAAGUCUUACUGAGCUGCAGACAAGUUUGGAUCUGAGUGGCAUAAGUAAGGAGAAAGCAAAGAGUGGAGUAGCGGAAGAAAGUAAGAGAACAUACAGUGAAGAAAUCAAAAGUUAAAUGAAAAUCGAUACCAAGAAAAUAAAGAACUUUACUGAAGAACGCUCUGCUAACCGACAACUUUAAAAUAAGCUGGAUAAAUAUAAAAAUAUAAAAUAAAACAGUUGCAUAUUUUAUUUUAUUUGA